CUAAACAGCUGAUCUGUUCGCUCCAUUGUGAAUAACCUUUGUUUUGACAUUUAAUAUUUUCAUUUGGUUCAAGAUAGCAUUCAUUUGCUUACUAUACCGAUAAACAAAAUAUAAUUAUUUGUGACAGAAAUUGUGUUGUAAACGUUUAAUUUUCUUUAAAUAAACAACGUAAAAUGGGUGAACGCAAGGGACAAAAUAAGUAUUAUCCCCCCGAUUACGAUCCGAAGAAGGGUGGACUUAAUAAAUUUCGUGGGACACAUGCCCUACGCGAGCGGGCCCGGAAAAUUCAUUUGGGCAUAAUUAUUAUACGUUUUGAAAUGCCCUACAAUAUUUGGUGUGAUGGAUGUAAAAAUCACAUAGGAAUGGGUGUGCGUUAUAAUGCGGAGAAGACAAAAGUGGGCAUGUACUACUCCACACCCAUUUAUAAAUUUCGAAUGAAAUGUCAUCUAUGCGACAAUCAUUUCGAAAUACAAACCGAUCCCGGAAAUUUAGAUUAUGUUAUUCUAUCCGGAGCACGCCGACAAGAGAAUCGUUGGGAUCCGUUGCAAAAUGAACAGGUUGUACCCGAGACUAAGGAAGUACAAAAACGCCUAUUUGAUGAUGCGAUGUACAAGUUGGAACAUCAAGCAAAAGAUGUCAAAGCUGGAGAGGAUGCGAAACCGGUACUGGAGCGCUUAGUCGAACGCAAUCGAAGUGUUUGGGAUGACAGUUAUGAGGCCAAUUGCCGAUUAAGAGCAGAGUUUCGAACUAAAAGGAAAGAACUAAAAGCACAAAAAGAACUUGAUGAUCAAUUACUUGCGAGAAAUAGUCUUGAUAUAGCGCUUUUACCGGAAAUUGCACAAGAUAAGCAAAUGGCAGAGUUGAUGAUGUUGCAAAGCAAGUCGGCGCAAGAAAGAGAAGCAGAGAAAAGAUUGGAUAUAUUAAUGAAACCUGCUCUCCAAGGUGCCACCAAAACAACCUUUGGUGGAAUGAAACGUCAGAAAAUACUAAAUACGCAUUUACAAUUCGGAGAUUUGGGUAUUAAAAAGAAAAUCGAAGCAUGUACAGGCACUGAACCAGCAGUUACUACAAUAGCUGAAAGCCAUACAAGCAAAGAAGAUUGUACGUCGUUGGAGGACAAAUCUUCGAAGAAUGCGGAGGAGUCUAAUGGGCAAAACGAAAAAUUGGAAAAAGAGGAAGCCAAGUUAAUAAAUCUGCCAAAGAGUUUGGCAUUGGUCUGUGAUUAUAAUAGCAAUAGUGAAAAUGAUAGUAGCGAUUAAAUACAUUACACAAAAAGUUUUAUUAUCGUAAAAACAUUUGAAUAAAACUAAUAACAUACACAUAAUCAAAAAUUCAAUAUUUAUAAUCAAAGUAUAACACACAAUUAUGAAUUUACAACUCCGCGGUCUCGCAUCCCGACUCAUUAUUUCCAUUUCCUUGGACAUCAGUAUCGGUGGCAUAUAAUAUGGCCAGUGCACGUUCACACAACUCGUCGUGAUCUGUGAAUUCUUUCAACCUGGUAGAAAGUAUUGCAUAAUAUUAUAGCAAUAUGUUGAGAGUAAUUUGUUGUUGUUAACUUACACAUUUUCAACAUCGAGUAGUUUUUUAUAAUAGAAAUUUCUUUCAUUUAAUAUUAUCGCGGUCUAAGAGUUAUAAAUGGGAAUAUUUAAAGAUUUGCAAGAGAAUAGAUACGAAACGAUAUGUACAAACCUGCUCAGCUAGUUUAUCACGAGUCUCUUGCAGAGAUCGCAGGCUUCGUGGCGAACCACUUUCAUCCACGUUAAGUUGCGUUGAAUUCGCCGUUGGUGGUGUCAUCUCCGAACCUCCCCGAUUCAGCACUUUUUUAGUUGCUUUUACUGUUUUAUGAUGGAUUUGUGGCUUUUGUGUAUUCGGAAGCUUUACAUUUUCUUUACCGGCUGCAUGCACAUCAUAAAACUUCUUAAACCAUUGCAGAAAUUCGAAGUUAUCCUGGAAACGUCCUUUUAUCAAACGCUCAAUCGGCACGGACUUUUCGUAGUU